AUGGCCAAACAACAAGCCUCAUUGGUGAAAUACAUCAACGCCAUCAAGCAAUCGCCGCGGGAGAUAUACAACCGCCACCUCUUUAUCUCCGUCGUUGCAUUUGCCCUAGGUGGUUGUGCUAAGGGCUGGGAUGAAGGCUCGGCUGCUUCCAUCACAGAACUCCCCUCGUUCCAGAACACAUACCAGAUCGAUGACAACACGGUUUCAAACCUCGUUUCUUUUGUCAACCUCGGGGCUGGAGUAGGAGCUCUGCUCUCCUUCCUGGUAAACGACUGGUUCGGCCGUCUUUGGUCCCUGCGACUGUACCAGGCUCUCUACAUUAUCGGCUCUCUGAUCUCAUGCUUUGCAUACGGCCAUGUCGGCGUGCUCUAUGUCGGUCGUAUCGUUGCAGGGCUAGGGAUUGGUGCUCUAUCAGUUGUCGGUCCAAUGGCCAUCUCGGAGAUUGCACCCAAGACUAUCCGUGGACUGAUGACUCUCUGGUUCAACGUCUGCAUGCUGACAUCCCAAAUGAACGGGGUCUUCACCGUAUACGGCUGCUCCAUCCACAUACCAGGCGUCGGUGAUCUCCAAAACCAAAUCCCUUGGUUCGUGCAGACAUUUUGCCCGGCAAUCAGUAUAUUCCUAUCGUUCUUCAGUGUCGAGUCUCCGCGGUGGCUCCUCCUUCGCAACCGCCAGCAAGAAUGUCUGGCGGGGCUUGAACGCCUACGGUGCCUCCCCAUGAGUAACGCAUACGUUGCGGAAGAAUAUCACGGCAUGACAACCCAGGUCGAACAAACAGAUAGCAGCUAUCUCACUAUCGUAAAAGAAACCUUCUUCGUCCGCUCAAACCUCCGCCGCGUCCAACUCACCAUAAUCGCCUACAUCCUAGCGCAGAUGUCAGGAGCCAAUUCAAUUACCAAUUAUCUACCUACCAUAUACGGUCUGAUUGGAAUAACCGGCUCUGGGGUAAAGGUUUACUCAACAGGCCUCUACGCUAUGGCCAAAGUAAUAUGUUGCAUCGCCGCAUCCCUCGUCCUUGUCGAUGUAAUCGGGCGACGCAAGUCAAUGAUGACGGGCGUCUGUAUCCAAACUGUCUGUCACGCCUACCUAGCGGGGUAUCUUGAUUCUUACCUAAAGACACCAGAAAGCGUGAGUAAGGGAGCAUCCGAUGCCGCCAUUGCAGCAGUCUUCAUUCACGCCCUCGGCUGGGCAAUAGGGCUGUACAGUCUCCCAUAUCUCUUCGGCGCGGAGCUGUGGCCAAACCGGAUUCGAUCGUUUGGAGGCGCCCUAUCGCAAGGGUUUCACUGGCUGUUUUACUUCGCUAUUACGAAGGCAACGCCGGCUCUGUUAGAGAGUACACAUCAAUGGGGGGCUUUUGUGCUCUUUGCGGCGUUCUGUGUGAUUGCGUUGGUGUAUGCCUACUUCUUCGUUCCUGAGACAAGCGGGCUAAGCCUGGAGGAGAUUGAUAUGAUUUUUGAGCGACCGGUUUACCGGCUUGCGCAGCCACUUAUUCGGGAGGAUGAAGCGGAAGUCAAGUAG